AUGAUCAGAACAAUCACCACACCGGGCCCAGGCCUGGCAUUCCUUCUUUGUCUGCAGCUUCUUCCCUUUCUGCCCAGAAUACAAGCCAACGAAGCGACCCCUUGCUACGCCCCCGACACCAAGCGCAUAGACGACAGAUUCAUGCCAUGCAUCUCCAUGGACGGCAUGGACUCCAUGUGCUGCCGGCUCAACGAUCACGACCCCGACAUCUGCAAACCAAACGGUCUCUGCUAUUGGGAGAAUGUAGACGGGGGCGGCAGAAAUGGAUUGUACAGGGGUCUCUGCACAAGUCAGGGCUGGGAUACCUCAAAUUGUUUACCGAAGACCAUCUGCGCUGAUGAUAAUGCCGGCGGGAAUUCAAGCUACACAUCGCAGCUGAGUGACUGUGACAACGGGAAUUAUUGCUGCGGGAACACCACCGCCUGCUGCACCGACGAGAAAAUGUUCACCCUCAGCCCAACCUUAGUCCCGAUCGGAUCCUCGUCCAGCUCUAGUGCUACCGCGACCGUAACGGCGACCGUCUCGGGGAAGGCAGAUUCAUCUACAAAGACUGCGAUCGGGCUCGGGGUGGGCAUACCACUAGCUGUCCUUGCGAUCGCUGGCGCUGGAGGUGGAUUCUUAUGGGGGAGACGGAGUAUGAAGGCGAAAUAUGCGCAGAUUCAGAAUCAGGGGAUUAAUAUGCCCAUGGGCGUGCUUGGGGGAGUGGGCGGCGCGCAGCAGGUGGAUUCGAAAUCUGUUCAUGAGGCGGAUGUUGUGCAGCCGCAGCCUCUGGAGCUUCCUGCUGGGAAGAAUGAUCGUUGA